AACGUGUCGCGCAAUUGGCGUCGCAAUUUUCUGGCCAUCCUAUCGACGGCAAUCGUUCCAUCGUCCCAUCGGCUGUCGGUUAUCGUAAAUCGCAAAUCGUUUCGCGUUCGGGUGUGUAUGUGUGUGCGCGAGGAACAGGUGUGGAAGGAGGUGUGAUGGAGCCUCAAUCCAUAUGCAACAGUCUAACCAAAAGUAUAUCCAUCUAAGGAGAGGAUCUCCCCCCUAAAACAGAGUGUAAAAUGUAGCUGCAAAAUACGUGAGGAAUUACUCAAAGGAACAGGAACACCGAAAGGGAACGAUAGAAAACCAGCGAGAAUAAAACGAAACGAAAAUCAAAAUGCCAGCAAUAAAAUUACAACAAUUGAAUUCAAUUUAUUCACACGAAGGAAAGGAGAAGGCAGUACCAGGACCUCCGCGACCUGGACUUGGACCUGGACACCGAUACAACGCCUUCUGGUGCCACUGGUGCUGGCAUUUUGCAACAAAUUAUUUAAAAAGUUAUUGCCACAUUAAGCGUCAUGGUGUUAAUAACAAUAAAACUUUAUGUUGGCUGACACUGACUUUGAUUUUAUUGAGCACACGAACGGCAAUUGGCAUCGGAGCUGCCACUGCCACUGCCACGGAAGGAGCGGCAGGGGUAGCCGUAGCAGCACCAGCUGUUGGCGGUGCCCCAUCAGGAAGCGUGGCAGCAUUGGAGAUUGGAACCUGCAAGCAACCGUUGGGCAUGGAAUCUGGCGCCAUUGCCGAUUUUCAAAUAAGCGCCAGCUCGGCCCACGAUAUGGGAAAUGUGGGGCCACAGCAUGCCAGACUCAAGGUGGAUAAUAACGGCGGGGCCUGGUGUCCCAAGCAUAUGGUGUCGCGUGGUCUCCAGGAGUAUCUACAGAUCGAUCUGCUGCAGGUGCAUCUGGUGAGCGCCAUACGCACUCAGGGCCGCUUCGGCAAAGGUCAGGGCCAGGAGUACACCGAGGCCUAUGUGCUGGAAUACUGGCGGCCGGGCUUUGAGAAAUGGAUACGCUGGAAGAGCAGUCAAGGGAAAGAGGUCUUACCCGGGAAUAUAAACACCUACAGCGAGGUGGAGAACGUGCUGCAGCCGAGCAUCUUUGCAUCGAAGGUGCGCAUCUAUCCCUACAGCCAGUACGAUCGGACGGUCUGUCUGCGCGCCGAGAUCGUCGGCUGUGCCUGGGAAGAGGGCAUCGUCGCGUACAGCAUUCCCAAGGGCAUGCAGCGGGGCAUGGAAAUCGAUCUGUCGGACAAGACCUACGAUGGCCAUGAGGAGGCCGAUCGCUAUGUGAACGGUCUCGGCCAACUGGUGGACGGACAGCGGGGAAAGGACAACUUUCGCAAUGAUAUCAAUGGCUUUGGCAAAGGUUAUGAAUGGAUUGGCUGGCGGAAUGACACUCUCUUGGGCCGCCCGGUGGAGAUCACAUUUGAGUUUGAGACUGUACGAAACUUCAGUGCUGUCAUUAUACACACGAAUAAUAUGUUCUCCAAAGAUGUUCAGGUGUUUGUCCAUGCCAAAGUCUUCUUCAGCAUCGGGGGACGACAGUUUGGCGGGGAGCCCGUACAAUUCUCGUAUAUGCCGGACCUGGUGCUGGAUCAUGCACGCGACGUGACAAUCAAAUUACAUCAUCGCCUGGGGCGUUAUCUGCAGUUGCAUUUGUAUUUCGCCGCCCGCUGGAUGAUGCUCAGCGAGAUUACGUUUAUAUCAGUGCCCGUGGUCGGCAAUUUCACGGAUGAGGGCCUGCUCAAUGGCAUCAGACAGCCGUCGGACACAUCGGAGUAUCCGCUGCAGCGCGAUGAAGUCGGCCGAGCGGUCAGCAGCGGCGAAAGGAGCCAACAUACCACCCAAGUCAUCUCUCCGAAACCCAUUGACCAUCAGGAAGUGGAAGCGGCUGGUUUUGUUGGCGUCAUAAUCACAGUCCUGGCAACAAUUAUUCUCCUGCUUGUCGCCAUUAUAUUGCUGAUUGUGGCACGGAACAAGCGCGGACGUGGCAGGGGCAACGUUUUGGAUGCAUUUCAGCAUAAUUUCAACCCGGACACGCUCGGUGGCAUCGAUAAGCGACUCUGCCACACCGGCAACGGCAAUGUCCUAAAGGUGGUCACAACAAUGGAUGACAAUGAGUCGUCCAUUGACAAGAACAGUCUGUACCAUGAGCCCUUCAAUGUGAACAUGUACACCAGUGCGGCCAGUGGAUGCUCCAUGAAUGACCUGCAGCGUCAGCAUGUAACGCCGGACUAUACAGAUGUACCGGACAUCGUGUGCCAGGACUAUGCGGUGCCGCACAUGCAGCAGCUGCUGCCCAAUGGUGCACCUCCUCCGCCUCCGCCUCCUGCUGUCGCUGCCAUUCCCGGCAGCAAUGGACCCUCCGCCGGCAUCGUCGUAACCACCAGUGCACGCAACUCUCUUAAUGCUGCCACGCUACCGCUGCCCCUGCCCCUGCCAGUGCCAGUACCCAUGCCCGUGGCAUUGCCUGGUGGAACCCUGCCGUUGCUGCCACCGCCGCCGCCUGUGCCACCGCCGCCGGAGAAAUAUUAUGCAGCCACACCAAUUUGCAGCAAACCCAUGUCCGUGCCGCCACCGGGCUCCCAGAGCAGUGGCUCGUUGAGUCUCAGCUCCUCGACAACGGCAGCGACCACGCCUACGGGCAUCAGUGGCGGCGGGGGAGUGGGCACCAUUGUGGGUGGCGCUGGAGGUGGAGGUGGAGGUGGCUGUGGCAUCAAACCGCAUCAUUACAAUUUGGAUAUGAGCGCUAAUUUCGCCGACAUUAACGAAGAGCAGGCCAAUUGCCAAGUGCAGGAGUUUCCACGUCAGUCCCUGGUCAUCGUCGAGAAACUGGGCUCCGGCGUGUUCGGGGAACUGCAUUUGUGCGAAACAAAUGUCCUGAACGCCACUCUGGUGGCCGUGGCCACACUCCGCCCUGGAGCCAGCGAUCAUCUGCGCAAGGAGUUCCGCUGCAAGGCCAAACAGCUGGCGCGUCUUUCGGAUCCGAAUGUGGCACGAUUGGUGGGUGCCUGUCUGCGAGACGAGCCCAUCUGCAUUGUGCAGGACUAUUCGAAUUGUCUGGGCGACUUGAAUCAGUUCCUGCAAGAGCAUGUGGCCGAAACCAGCGGACUGAUGGCCAACAAGAGUCUGAGCUAUGGCUGCUUAGUGUACAUUGCCACACAAAUUGCAUCGGGCAUGAAGCAUUUGGAGCAAAUGAAUUUCGUACAUCGGGAUCUGGCAACAAGGAGCUGCAUUAUUGGCCCCGAGCUAAGCGUCAAGGUCUGCUCUAUUGGCACUGUGAUAAAUCGAUCGGCCUACAUGUCGGACUAUUGCCAAUUGGAGGGCACCACUGGCAGGCAGACACAGCCAAUGCCCAUACGCUGGAUGUCCUGGGAGAGUGUGCUAUUGGGUAAAUUCACCACAAAAUCCGAUGUCUGGUCGUUUGCUGUGGCCCUUUGGGAGAUCUUAACAUUCGCGCGGGAACAGCCCUACGAGCAAAUGUCGGACGAGAAUGUUAUCGAGAACAUUGGGCACAUCUAUCAGGAUGACAAAAUGCAUGAACUGCUGCCAAUGCCCGUCAACUGUCCGCGAGAGAUUUACGAUCUCAUGUGCGAAUGCUGGCAGCGCAACGAGUCGAGUCGACCCAAUUUCCGGGAGAUACAUUUGUUUUUGCAGCGCAAGAAUCUAGGUUUUAAGCCCCACUCCCAGACGCUGAUGUAUUGAAAUCUGUAACAAAACAACAACAAAAAUGCAUACACACUAAAGAACUCGAAAACUAAAUGCAAUUUUUAGCACAUCAUAA